CAACGAAGAGUACAUGGGAUGUCAAAAUGGCCGAUCUAAAUAAAGAGCUGAAUGAGUAUCUUCUCAGCAACAAAAAUGAAAAACAAUAUAAAAUCACCAUUCCCUCGGUGACGAUAUCAAAAACGAAAUUUGGAAAAUGGUUCAGACGAGAUACUGAUGAAAUGAUGGAAGAUGCAGGAUGGAUUCAAAGAUCACAACGAGAAUGUUGUCCUACUAUGACAAGAAUGCAAAGACUCAUAUCUUUCUCCGUAUGUUUUCUUCUGGGAUUACUAUGCUUCUGUCUGUCAGCAGUUUAUAUUCCUGUUUUAUUACUUAAAGCAAGAAAAUUUGCUCUGCUUUAUUCCUUAGGAAGUCUCUUCUUUCUAAUGAGCUUCUGUUUUUUGUGGGGAUCGAGUUAUAUGAAAACAUUAUUUAUAGCUGAGAAAAGAUAUUUCACUAUAUCGUAUUUUGCAACAUUGGCAGGCACACUCUACUUUGCUCUGCAUUUGCAAUCUACUCCUUUAACAGUAUUAUGCGCUGUCUUGCAAUUGAUAGCUACGUUAUCUUUUCUAAUAAGUCAUAUACCAGGAGGUACAACUGGCCUCAUAUUCUUUACAAGAAUGUUUAGAUCGUCUGUAAAGUCAAGUUUACCUGUAUGAUAAGAUUGUUACAUUUAUAGAAUAUAUUUCAAUAUUUUAUAAUAAAAAAGCAAUAUCU